AUGUCAUUUGGAAGGACCGCGAGUUCGACAACCACACCACCAUUAAAUGAUAUUGACUUAGCCAAUCCUCCAGAAGAUACGGUCUCAGACUUGGCAUUCUCAUCACAGGGAGAGUUUUUGUCGGUAUCGUCAUGGGAUUCCAAAGUGAGAGUUUAUCAAAUCAUGGGUGAUGGUAGCUCGCAAGGCAAAGCGAUGUACGAACAUCAAGGACCAGUAUUGAGUACCAGAUGGACUGGUGAUGGUACUAAGAUUGUUAGCGGUGGGUGUGACAAGGCGGUUAAAUUGUACGAUGUUGCUUCUGGUCAGUCUACACAAAUAGGAGCCCAUAAUGAACCGGUUUCGGUGGUGAGGUUCGCGGAAUGUGGGAAUAGUAACACCCCGGUGAUUGUAAGUGGAUCAUGGGACAAGACGUUGAAAUAUUGGGAUAUGAGAAGUCCAAACCCUGUUUCUACUAUUGAAUUACCAGAGAGAUGUUAUGUGAUGGAUACUCGUAGAAAAUUGUUGGUUUGUGGUACCGCUGAAAAGAAAUUUGUGAUAAUAAAUUUGGAUAAUCCAACGGUUAAAUUUAAAGAAACUACAUCACCAUUGAAAUGGCAGACGAAGUCAAUAUCUUGUUUUGUUGAAGGAGAUGGGUAUGCUGUGGGGUCGAUUGAAGGAAGACUUUCGGUGCAAUAUGUUAGCGAUGAAAAUCAAAAGAAGGCGUUCUCCUUCAAAUGCCAUCGGGAAAAUGUUACGGAUAGAGGAAGAACAAAAAACAGACUUUACUCAUUGAAUCAAAUCUGCUUCCAUCCUGUGCAAGGGACGUUUGUCACUGCAGGUUCUGAAGGGAACUUGUCGUUCUGGGAUAAGGAUUCGAAACAUAGAUUGAAAUCGUACCAGUCUAUUGGCACGCCAAUAACGGCAGCCAACUUCAAUAAUAACGGUUCGAUAUUUGCCUAUGCUAUUGGUUAUGACUGGUCUAAAGGUUAUACUUACAGCAAACCGGAUAAUCCAGUGGGGAUCAAGAUUCAUGCAGUAAAGGACGAAGAGGUCAAGAGAAAGAGCUAA